UUCGGACAGUUCGGAAGGAGAUUAGUACGAGAUCAGAUGUGAUUGAUCAAAAGGAUAACGCGUGCAAAAUUGUCUGCGAUUUUGAUUCGCAAGUAGAUAUUUUUUUUUAUCAAAAUUACAAGAUUUUAUUCUACUUUACCGGUAUGUUAAAAAAUAUAAAAUCGUUUCUGAUUUCAUCGUGCGGCGUUGAAUAAAGAUAGACAUGGCAGAUGCACAGCAAUCUCAGAUCUUUUUAAACAAUUUAUAUAAAUAACCGUAAUUUUUUUUAAUAUAAACAUAAAAAAGAAAGCAUUGUUUCGAUAAACCGAUAUCAAAUGUGAAGUGCGCAAAAUUGGAUUAACAAUAAGAUUACAGGAUUAUCGAAGGAUAUUAACGAAUAACAUCGAGAUCAUAGUCAAGAUCGAUGAUUUAUCAUAAAAUGGAACUCUGCGAGAAAAUGAACAAUGAUGUUUAUGAUCUUCGUCGGACGCGCUCGCUUUCAAAUGAGAACGAAGUUUAUUCGAACGCUAAUGAGCGAGACGGCAGAUCGCCGAUCAAUCGGGAAUCUAUCGAAUACGUAUCAGAUUCCAGCUGCGAAGGUUACAGAGAGUUUCAAAAACAGCAAACCGAAAGAAGAAAUUCAUCCCCUAUCGCUGCGUCCAGUGCUUUCACUAUUGACAGCAUUCUUGGAAGAAAUGAAAAGAGGGAUCAAUCUUCGAGACUAGAUAGUUCUCGUGAUAAAGAAGAGGAUCACGAAGAAAUGGACGAUAGGAUUGAAAGACAUUUCGUUAGGCCAACAGCGAUACCAGCCACACGUCCUGAUCUAGAAGGUGUGUACACUCAUACGGGAUUCCCGUAUCCUGAAGGUGCUUUAACCGACUCUUCGGCAUAUUCCGCGACAUCACUUGCAUCGGCCUCAUUAUUGUACAGUAGUUGGUUUGCUCAAACAAAACCUGGUCAACUGUUUGGCUUGCAAGCACCGAAACCGAGCGGUAGAAGAUCGAGGAAACCGGGUAUCGAUCGAAAACCUCGUCAAGCUUACAGUGCGAAACAAUUGGAAAGACUCGAAGCAGAAUUUAAGAUCGAUAAAUAUCUCAGCGUGAGCAAGCGUAUGGAGCUGUCCAAGUGUCUAAAUCUCACUGAGGUGCAGAUCAAGACGUGGUUUCAGAAUCGCCGCACGAAGUGGAAGAAGCAGUUGACAUCGCGUCUAAAGAUCGCUCAGAGGCAGGGACUUUUUCCACCUACGUAUUUCCCGACCACCCAGUACCCUCUAUUGCCGUAUUACGCGGCACCUUUGAUGUUUGGAAGCUCGUUGUCGGAUGACGCGAAUUCUAGCUUGCCGACUCGAGCCAUCGUAUCGUCUUCAGAUACGGUCUGACAUAGCGCCGACUCGAACUACUUGGUCGAUUGUCGACCGGGCGACCGCGAAGUGCAAUAAGACCUUCCGUUGGCCAUUGCAAAUUUUUCGAGUGUUUUCUUCCUCUUUUUUUAUGUUUUUAUA